GGUUGCCGGUUGCCGAUGGAGGCGCCGGGUCGGUGGAUUCGGGCCUGCGCCCGGCGGGUCCUCGCUGGAGCCGGGACUGGGACCGGCACCGAGCAAACUCAUCUACACCCUGGGAAGGUUUCCUGCCCCACAGUGAAGUCUGCUGCCCCAUGGAGGACCCUGUGAUCUGCAUACCCCCCUACCACUAUGUCCAUGUGCUGGACCUCAACAGCAAUGUCACCCGUGUGGAGGUUGGGCCCCACACCUACAUCAGGCAGGAUCACGAGAGGGUGGUGUUCAUGCCCAGGCGCAUGGUGAUGGUGCUCCGCUGGCACUACUGCGUGGUGCUCAAUCCCAUGGCGCGGGGCCCCACUGGGGCCGUGGUGAUCAAUGGAGCGGGACAGGCCUGUCUGUGGCACGCCGACCUCGAUAUCCACCUGGCCCAGGAGCCCUUCCCCCUAUACCCUGGCGAGGAGAUCAAACAGGACAUCACCCCACUGCAGAUGGUGCUGGCUGACACUGCCCUGCGCCUGCGGGCCCUGCUUGACUUCACGGACGAGGACGGGAAGAAGUUCUUGGCAGGAGACGAGUGGCUCUUCGAGGGUCCCAACACCUACAUCCCCCGUAAGGAGGUAGAGGUGGCCGAGACUCUGCAGGCCACUGUCAUUGGGCACAACCAGGCCAUCCACCUGCGAGCACGCAAGGAGUGCCUCGACCACAACGGCACCCGCCACAUCACAGGUGAGGAGUGGCUGGUGAAGCAGGUGGGUGCCUACCUGCCCGGUGUCUAUGAGGAGGUAGUGGAUGUUGUGGACGCCUACAUCCUCACCCGACAAGCCCUGCACCUGCGGGCAACGUGGACCUUUGAGGAUGAAGAAGGUCGGGUGCGGCGCACGGGGGAGGAGUGGCUGGUGACCCAGGCGGAGAGCAAGGCCUACAUCCCAGAGGUGUUUGAGGAGGUGGUGGCGGAGGUGGCGGUGACAACGCUGGGCCCCCGGCAGUACUGCAUGGUGCUCGACCCCAUGGGGCCCAAUGGGCAGCCCCAGCUGGGCCAGCAGCUUGUUGUCAAGGGGGAGAAGUCCUUCUUUCUGCAGCCGGGCGAAUGGCUCCAGGCUGGCAUCCAGGAUGUCUACGUGCUCUCUGAGGAUGAGGGGCUGCUGCUCCAAGCGCUGCAGACCAUCAAGGACACCAAUGAGGAGGGGAAGGAGGUGACACAGCAGGCAGGUGACCGCUGGCUGGCCUGGGGGCCCCUCGAGUACGUGCCACCGGCUGAGGUGACCGUGCUGGAGCGCCGCUGGGCUGUGGCCCUUGCUGACAACGAGGGCAUCUACGUGCGUGACAUCCGCACUGGCAAGCCACCCAGACACCCCCUUCCAGUGCCCCCAAGCCCUCCAGCGGCUGUCAGAGCCUGGCAGCACCCUGAGGUGGCUCUGGCUGCGGGUGCGGGUGGUGAUGGGCCAGACCUACAUGCUGACGGAGUCCGAGGAGCUGUGGGAGAAGGAGCUGCCCCCUGGGGUGGAGGCGCUGCUGGCCGCAGCCCAUGGAGACAUCCGCGGCACGGACAUUGGGGUCCAGUCUUCCUCCAGCCCGGAUGCUGGGGUCCCCCAACGUGACUGCACCCGCGCCAUCACCUACCAGGUGCCCCACAAUGCUGCCAUGCAGGUCUACGACUACCGGGAGCGGCGGGCACAGUACACCUCCCACCAGACCAGGCUGCUCCAAGCCCCGUCCAACCUGGCCUUGAACCCCUCCAGGGAUGGGGUGGCCACAGCUUCUCUGGGCAACCUGGGCCAGGGGCUCACCGCCCUCACAGCAAAGAAUUUCUGCCUCAGAUCUCAUCUAAAUCUCCCCUCUUUCAGUUUAAAACCCUUCCCCCUCGUCCCAUGGCUCCCCUCUCUGAUCCAGAGUCCCUCCCCAGCUUUCCUGGAGCCCCUUUAGGGACAGGAAGAGGCUGGAAGGUCUCCCCGGAGCCUUCUCUUCACCAGACUGAACCCCCCCAGCUCUCUCAGCCUGUCCUCGCAGCAGAGGGGCUCCAGCCCUCCCAGCAUCUCCGGGGCCUCAUCUGGCCCCGCUCCAACAGCUCCAUGUCCUUCUGAUGCUGGUGUCCUGCAGUGGGGUCUCCCCCGAGCGGAGCAGAGGGGCAGAAUCCCCCCCCUCGCCCUGCUGCCCACGCUGCUCUGGAUGCAGCCCAGGAUGCGGGGGGCUUUCCAGGAUACCAGCGCACGGUGCCAGCACAUGGCCAGCUUUUCACCCCCCAGCACCCCCAAGCCCUUCUCCUCAGGGCUGCUCUCCAUCUCUCCCUCCCCAGCCUGUGCUGAGACUGCAGCUUGCCCUGACCCGGGUGCAGGACAGGACCCUCCACUUGGCCUGGUUGAGCCUCAUGAGGUUCACACUGACUUCUUGAGCGUGUCCAGGUCCCUCUGAACGGCAUCCCGCCCCUCUGGCAAAUCACCUGUGCCAUUCAGCCUGGUAUCACCUGCCACAAGACGACGUGUGGCGUCCUCCAGGCAGCCAGCCCUGACCUGCAAGAGAUGCAGGUGGGCAUGGCUGCAUCGCGCUUGGGGUCGGCAUGUGCGUCACCAGGGUUGUCUACAGCACCUAGGUGUAAGCUGGACUAUCGGUCAGUCUCCUCAGUGCCCAUGAUUGCAUAUGCCCGUCUAUCUAAAUAGAUGCAAUAACUAUUCAAAUAGGUAAAGAAUCAGCAGACCAUAAAGGGCACUCUUUGAGGCAGAGCUCUGAAGAGACAUUGUGAGUCCUUCAAGAGGCCAGGACAAUACGAAUAUGGCAGCCUGGGACAGGCAAGGCUGCCACAGCUUCACAGCCUCAAUGUCCAUCCAGCAGUGAGGCUUAGACGUGUUGUAUGGGGUUCACCUGGGGAGGUCUGGAUGGGGGGCGCUGCAGGGGUGGCCCCGGACAGAAGAGACCAGGGGCUGCCCACACAUCAGGUGGAGCCGGUUCCAGAUGGCUCCAAAACAAACCCCCCACCAGGACACACAGCCAGGCACAGAGCCAGGAGACCCAGGAAUCCCGGCUACCCCAUUGCCCCCGAGCCACAUGGGAUCCCCGCCCCCAUGCAGGCUCUUGCUGCAGCCACCAGCCCCGCCCAGCCAUCUCCCAAGAGGUUUCAGAACUCCUGGGGCUUGGCUCAGGGCUAACGAGCCCUAUGCCAACAGCCAUGAAAUAGCUCCUGAAGACCUUCACAGUGAAGACGCUCCCAUCAAGAGCAAGAACACACUCCUGCAAGCACAAGAAUGUCCCCUUUAAAGGUAAGGGAAGUAGGAGGAGCAAGACACCCCCUUGGCUUAACUGUGAGCUUCUGAGUCUGCUCAAAACCAAAAGAGAAGCGUUCCAGAGAUGGAAAAGUGGACAAAUGCCCAUUGAGAACUACAAGGGUGUUGCCAGGGCGUGCAGAGAUGCAGUUAGAAAAGCAAAAAGCUCAGCUCAAAUUGAAAGUGGCCAGAGAUGUCAAAAACUACAAGAAAGGGUUCUUCGGGUACACGAACAACAAGCUGAAAUGGAAGGAAAAUAUUGUCCCGCUGUUAAACAGCAGAGGUGAAUUAGUCACCAACACUGGAAAGGCAGAGGUUCUCAGCACUUUCACCUUGGUGUGAACUUGGGCCUUGGGAACAACAAUUCGGGUUGAUGCAAACCCAAACCCACCGCCAGUGAAGGAAGAGUUGGUGGGUGAACUGUUACAGGAGCUUGAGCCCUGCCAAUGGAUGGGCCCUGACAACAUCCAUCCAAGGGUGUGAAGAGAGCUGGCUGAUGUCGCUGUGAGGUCGCUCUCCAUAAUCCUUGAGAAGUUGUGGAGACUGGGGGACAUCCCAGAAGACUGGAUGAAGGCUAAUGUCUUCUACAGGAAGGGCUUAAAGGAGGAUCCAGGAAGUUAUAGACCAUCAGUCUUACUUCAGUCCCUCAGAAAGUUAUGGAAUGAAUGCUCCUGGGGGUGACCACAAGUCAAAUGAAGCACGUGAUUGGGAAAAGCCACCACAGAUUCACCAAGGGCAAAUCGUGCUUGACAAACCCGAUCACCUUCCACAACAAAGUGACCUGCUCGGUUGAUGUGGCGUGAGCGGUGGACAUUGUCUGCCUGGAUUUCUCCAAGGCUUUCAACACGGUUCCCUGCAGCCUCCUCCCAGAGAAACUGAUGCGUUACGGUGGUGGUCAAUAGUUCCUUCUCGAACUGGCAAUCUGUCACAAGUGAGGUCCCCCAGGGAUCGAUACUGGGGCCAACGCUGUUUAAUAUCUUCAUAAGUGAGCUGGAAGAUGGGAUCAGGUGUACCCUGAUGAAGUUUGCUGAUGAUACCAGAGUGGGGAAGUGGCCACUUGGGAAGGGAGAGCCACCCAGCAGGAAGCCCUGGAUUGGCCGAGAAGAGUGGGUUAGCAAGAACCUUAUGAAGUUCAACACGGACAAGUGUAAGGUCUUGCACCAGGGAAAACAUAAUCCAGGAGUGCAGCACAGGCUGGGAUCUACCUGGCUGGCGAGAAGCUCUGUGGACAGGGACUUGGGGGUCCUGGUCCCACUCUAUUCAUCACUUGUCAGACGUCACCUGGAACACUGUGUUCAGUUUUGGUCCCCGCUAUACAAAACGGAUGUGGACAGGCUGGAGAGGGUCCAGAGAAGGGCCACCAAGAUAAUCCAAGGACUAGGAAGCCUGGCAUGUGAAGAAAGGCUGAGAGAACCGGGUUUGUUCAGCUUUGAGAAAAGGAGGCUCAGGGGAGACCUUACCACCAUGUUCCAGUAUUUAAAGGGUCGCCACAGAGAAGACGGAGGCUCCCUUUUUACAAGGAGUCACGUGGAAAAGACAAGGGGUAACGGGUACAAGUUACUCCUGGGGAGAUUCCAACUGGACGCAAGAGGAAAAUUUUUCACUGUGAGAACAAUCAUUCACUGGAAUAAUCUCCCCAGGGAAGCGGGGGAUUCCCCAUCAUUGGAUGCCUCUAAGAUUCAGAUGGACCAUCUUGUCUAGACCGUGCUUUUGCCAAGAAAGGUUGGACCAGAUGAUCCUUGAAGUGCCUUCCAACCUGGGAUUGUAUGACUCUGCGAUAAUUCUGUGAUUCUGUGAAGACACGGGUUCAGUGGGACCCUUCCCAGCAAGGCCAGCAGCAACUGGGGGCACUUCUGGAGAGGUGAAACCACCAUCUAGGAGGAAUGGCGAUGAGCAAAGUCCCACAAGGCUUGGUGCCGCCAUGUGCCCUCGAGUCCUCCUUCACACAACCCUGCUGCUCCUCUGAGUGUUGGGCGGUGGUCAGUGUGCGAAUGGGAUCAAGGAGGGUAAACCAAACUGGCAUCCAAGAGGUUCACCGGCCCCUCAGCACCAUGACACACACCCGCCUUCAGGCCACAAGCCCCAAAACCUCCAGCUGCUGGAGGCAGGGAGAGGCCAGCAGAAGGAAGAACAGUCCUUCUGUGCUUUCCUUGAAGUAUUUUAAAUUCGGUACGGUAAUUUUAUCCUGAAGACGGUUUUUCCGUUCGUGCCACACAGGAAAAAAAAAAUGCCGUGACCAAGCACCGUUCUUCCAAAUGCGAUGAUCUGGAUGUGCCGUCUCCAACACAGAUCCAUGGAAGGGUGACCCAAGGAUGUCCCACGCGAUGCAGCAGGUGUGAACGAGCACACAGACGCACACACAUGAGCGUACAUACACACGCACACACUAAUGAAAUCGAAGGAGACAGCUGCUGUGGUUUUGUUUCGUUGUUGAGCUGUGUAAAGGCUUGAGAAGCCGGCCCUGCGGCUCUCAGUGUCGCAGCCGCUCCGAUCUCCAGUUCCUGGAGCAGUCGCAAAGAAAACAGGAUCACAAAUGGCUGUAGGAAAUGAGAAGCUUCAUGCUACAUAAAUUUUGCAACAAAUUCAUUCAAUUCAGUAGCAAGUGGAGAGACAAUCUGUAGUCUUAUCGGGAAUAAAUGUUUUUUAAAGUUUAAUUGGUUAGAGAACUAACGAUAAGUACCUUAAAGAUCACAAAAGACUGAACUGAAAAUGCCAAGUCAGACUGUGAAAAGACCAACUUUGAAUCCUGUCCAAUUGUGUCUGAUAGAGUGCUCCUCUACAGACCCCCGUGCUUGGCACCUCUGAAGAUGCCAACACAAAAACGCACAGAACUUGGGUCAAAAAACCCGUGAGUGUUACAUCAUGAUACGUGUGGUAUGAUGCGUCACGGGCAUCAAAAGAGACCCUGACGAGAAAAGUUGUGCAUGCAUAUGACUUGGGCUCUUCAGUCACCGCAGAAACCAAGACAUUCACAAAUCUGAUACAGUGUUGGACAAUUUGGGAAAAAAAAAAGAAAAAAAAAUCUGAAUUCUAGCUGUAUGAAUAUUUUAUGAAUACAAAAUACGUAACAGGAGAUUGCAACGCCAAAACAUCUACGCGUAAAACAGCAUCUGCCCUUACAGAUGCAUCUUUGGUUGGCAGGCAUCCUCAGUGGUACGCGCGUUUUGAUUAUAUUUCAGUAUCUCACUGCAUCAUGGUAAAAAAUAAGAUGCUUGGUAAAUUAAUGGAUGCUAAGCUGGACUAUUUACUGCAAGAACUGCCAGUUUUACCCAAAUAAGAGGGGUAUGGCUCCUGCAAUCGGAUCCCCUGGGGGAGAGCAGCAUUUUCCCUGUACUCCUGCUCUCUGGGACAUGGGCAGCAGAACGUGUGGAGGUCCAUGUGCGGUGCCAGCAUUGCCUACACAACAACGCCUGUCCCCAAAAUACGGUUCUGAGGGGCUGGGGGAAUCAAUCUUUCAGAAGAGACGCAUUAAAUUGUAGAUCACUAACUGGGGGGGGAAAAAUAAGUGCUUUUUUAUUCAGAAAGCAAUACGUAAAAAUACGCCUCAGAAAAGUUCAUUUUUCGUACUAGGAGUAGAGAUAACCAAGCAAUAAACUUCACCACCAUUCUGUAAAAGCUCCCUGAAGUAGCCCAAGUACGAAAUUAAAUAGAAAAUAAGUCUGCUUUGAAAACCAGCUUGUAUCCAGGCGGUUAAUGCAAACAUCGUGUUGCAAAUCAAACCAGUUUCUUGACCCCAGCAGGGAACUGAGGCAGUGCAAUCAAAAAGGUUUAGGCAAAGAAAAUAAGGUUUUAUUUAAAGACAAGUGAAGGACGCCUCCAUUCUUUUUGAGGGGGUGGAAGGAAAAAAGAGAUGUAGAGAUGCCGCUGCUCAGCCCAAGCACCGCUUACAGCAGGACUCUCGAAGCCCGGCCCCAGCGGAGAGGGCAGGAGGAUGAAAAAAGAGGGGAAAAAAGACCCAGAAAGAGAAGGCAAUGCUGCUGCUCUUCAGAACACCAGUGGAGCAUUUACACGUGGCUUGUGCCACAUUUUUUUCUUCACCUGACACAGCAGGCAGGGACUAUUUUAGCCAGGACGUCACACACUGUCUCCCUCUUCCUCCUUGUGAGUGUAGAUACCGAAAGCUCCCAGUAAAACCCACGGUGCUUGUUAAGAUCUAGACGUUGUCUGAAAUAAAUGUGUGCAUUUGGUUUACAUGGCAAGGUUUUGGUGGCAGGUAGGGGGUGGGGGGUGCAGGGGUGGCUUCUGUGAGAAGACACCAGAAGCCUCUCCUGUGUCCUACAGAGACAGUUCCAGCCAGCUCCAAGGGGGACCCGCUGCUGGCCAAGGCUGAGCCCAUCAGCGAGCUGGUGGCACCUCCAUGGUAAUGUAUUUAAGAAGGGGUAAAAACUGCUGCCCAGGAGCCGGGAGGAGUGAGAAUGUGUGAGAGAAACAACUAAAAAGGCACCAAGAUCCGUGAAGAAUGAGGAGGAGGAGGUCACAGAGCAGAGGUUCCCCUGCAGCCCAUGGUGAAGACCAUGGAGAGGCAGGUUGUCACCCUGCAGCCCAUGGAGGUCCGUGGUAGAGCAGAAAUCCACCUGCAGGCCAUGGAGGUCCGUGGUGGAGCAGAUAUCCACCUGCAGCCCAUGGAGGAUCCCACGCCAGAGCAGGUAGAUGCGCUCCAAGAGGGCUGUGACCCCAUGGGAAGCCCACGCUGGAGCAGGCUCCUGGCAGGACUGGUGGACCCAUGGAGAGGGAGGAGUCCACCAUGGAGCAGGUUUGAUGGCAGGACUUGUGACCCCAUGGGGGGAGCCACGCUGGAGCAGUCUGUUCCUGAAGGACUGCACCCCAUGGAAAAGACCCACACUGGAGCAGGUCAUGAAGACCUGCAGCCCAUGGGAAGGUCUCACACUGGAGGUCAUGGAGGACGGUCUCCCAUGGGAGGGACCCCUCGCUGGAGCAGGGAAAGAGCGUGAGGAGGAAGGAGCAGCAGAAAGAACGUGUGACGCACUGACCGCAACCCCCAUUCCCCAUUGAGGAGGAGGUGGAGAAAUGGGGAGUGAAGUUGAGCCUGGGAAGAAGGGAAGGGGAAGAAGAGGGGAAGGUGUUUUAAGACUUGCUCUUAUUUCUCACUAUCCUACUGCUACAAUUAAUUAGCAAUAAAUUAAAUUAGUUCCCCCUGCCUUCCCCACCCAUGGAGUCUGUUUUGCCCACGUCGGUAACUGCCAGUGCUCUGUCUGACCUCUCGAUGUUGAGGGCAGCUGGCAGCCAGCAAAGGUCAGCCCACCACAAUGUGCUUCUACCCACGCUUUAGAGUGCGCUGCUCCGUGUAUUAGCACGUAUUACCACCACUAAAACUCUUUCAAUUAAGAAACAAAACAUUUCAACCAGACGUUUUGCCUCUUGAACUUAGCAGCCCUGCAUUAAAAGCCACCCCAAGCUGCCGCCAGCCUUUACCAGGACACAGCACCUUGUGGGCAGCGGUGGGUUGACACCUCCUUGGCUUCGCCACACAAGCCCUACAGAGAUGACAACGGGUGGCAGCUCCUCAGCAGAGCCCUGAGCAGUGCUGCUCCCUCCCAGCCCCCACGGAGGAACCGACUCUCGGGUCAGACAGACCCGGCUUUAAAAAUUCCAGCAUCGGGAACUUCAGUGUCACCGCGGAGCACGGGAUGGGAGACAGCAGUGCUGGUCCCCUGCCGAGUCCCACACCGACACUCCCAGCUGCAGUCAGGCUCCUGAAGCUGGCAGUAGACCUUCUCCGCUUCUCAAACACAACCGAAGACUGAGAACAGCAGAUUAAUUACUGCAAGGUUUCUACAUAUGAAAGCUCAGAAAUAUCAAGAAAUACAUUUAACAAAAUAGUAGAGGCAGGCAAUAGCAAUGUGUUCUGCACCACAAUGACACAAGUGUUUUAACACGCAGUGGGAAAACAGCGGGAGAUCGGCGCGGAGGAGUGUUAACAUGCUCGAGUGACUUGCAGCUGAGGUGUCGAAAAACCCCAUACCUCACACUAAUGAUCAUUUAGCCUUGUGCGCUCGCCAAGUAGAACAUCUGUGCUUGGGUACCAUCGGCCUGCGAAGGACUCUGAGGCACCUCAUCGAACCUGCCUGAGGUUCCUGCCCUGCUGCGGGAAAGAUCAAAGCACAGUGGAAAACUGGGCCUGCUUCUGUCCCUGAAA